AAAGUGAUUUGUUUUGAAAUUGUGAUGUCAAUAUAGUAACUACCUACAUGUAUUUACUGCUUAUAUUUUAGUUUUUCCUUAAGAUCAUCACUAAUAAUCAUGUUAAAAUUGCUUAAUAUUGGAAAUACAUUCAAAGCAACUAUUAAACAAAUCAAUGUCCAAAAGACAAUUUCAAACAAUAACCUUAAAAAUUUUGGAACCUCACCCUUAGUAUGUGUAAAUUUCUUCAACAAGUUGCCCGCAGAAAAGUUAUGGAAGUCAGUAACAUCUGUAAGUAAUGCUGGAGCUAAAAAGGGCCGUGGAAGGGGCGCUGGUCGCAUAAGAAUCAGAGACUUAAAUCGGGGUCAAGUAAUAGGAGUAGGAAAAGUGAAUAUGCUAUGGCCUGGUUUAUCUGCACCUGUUAUACGAGGUAGAGAGUUGCUAAAACAGCAGAGUCUACCUGAUGAUCCUGAGAGAAUGGAAAAGCUCAUCAAAUUAAGAGAUUCUAUGACAAAGUUCCGAAGAUUCAAAUUGAGUCCUAUUGAAAGGGGAUGGUCUGGGACUUUUAUGCCUGGCCGUAGUAUAGGCCCUCCUGAUCCGAUUGGGGAUGAUACAUUUGAAGGAUUUGACACAAUAGUGCUGCAGCUGAGAUCCCUGUUGAUAAUGAAGGGUAGUCUGGGGCGCACUAGAAAUUAUCAGGCCAUGGUUGUAACAGGAAACGGUAAGGGAUUAGCAGGAUUUGGUAUCGGACGGGCAAAAGAGGCUUUAGCUGCAUUAAGAAAAGCAAAAAAUAGAGCCGGAAAGAAAUUAAUGCAAUUUGAUAUAUAUAACAAUCAUACCGUGUUCCAUGAUUUCUUCACGGCUUUCGGCAGCACUAAAAUAUAUGUACAAAAGAAAAACGAGGGUUAUGGACUGAUGGUGCACAGAGCCAUCAAGGAGAUAUGUAAAGCAAUUGGCAUAAAAGACCUGAGAGCAAAGGUUGAAGGUUCCCACAAUCUGCAACACAUUGUAAAGGCGUUCUUUAUUGGACUUUUGCAACAAAGAUCGCAUCAACAACUAGCAGAAGAGAAGAAAUUGCACCUCGUCGAAUUUAGAGCUGAGAACGAAUAUUUUCCCAAAGUUGUCGCAAGCCCCACUGUCGUUCGUACGAAAGAUGAAAUCGCGAAAGACGAGACAUUAGAUUUCAUACAAUACGUUAUGAACGAUAGGAUUAUAUUGAAGAAGAAGAAGUUCCCCCGAUUUUAUCAAACAAUGCCACAUUAUGAAGUGUUCCUCAAAAAAUACGAGAAGUAUCGGAAUCAUGAGAAGAUUCGCCUUGACCUGAAGGUGGAAUAUGGUGAUAUAAAAAGUUUUCUUACAGAUAAGUACCCAGAAGAAAAAAGUGAACAAGAGUCGUAGUAAAUUGAAGUUAUAAUGUUUUAGUGUUAAUAUAUCUUAAAGUAGGUGUUAAA